AUGGAGAUUGAUCCGGAAAUUCCACCCAGUUCUUCGGGCACUACUCCCGCAGCCGGUUCUGCCACCCCCACUCCUGCCGCUGCUUCCAGACACAGCGACGAGCGAAGGGUCCUUUGGUCUGCGGUCGCUGCGUUAGGUCGUCAUGCUGACCAAUUCCAUGAGUAUCAGAAUAUCACGCAGCGCGCGAUCGAGGCAGUCACCAACCGGCUCAAGACUAUGCAGCAGCCUCAGGCGACCCCCUCUGUGCCUACGAUACACUUCCGAGAGCCCCGCAUUUUCAACGGCAAGCCCGAGGAGGUUGUUCCUUUUUUGAAGGAAAUUCGGCACGCUGUUCAUUUACAGCGUCGGGGGUUGCUGAAGGACUACGACAAGGCAGUCUAUAUGGCUACCUACCUGAAGGAUGGAUCACCCGCGUCGUGGUUCAAUUCAAUUGAACAGUUCAACUCGGCCCUCCUCCAGGACUGGGACAGUUUUCUCGACGCUUUUCGUGAACGCUUCGAAGAUCCCGACCUCGUGACCUCUAGUCUUCACAAGCUCGAGAACCUUCGCCAGACUAGUUCGGCUGCUUCCUACUCCUCACGUUUCAAGGAGCUGCUUGUGUACCUUGACUUCUCUGACCAGACGAAGAUUCAGUACUUCCGCAGGAAUCUCAAGGAACCGGUUAAGGAUCUUUUCCUUACCGUUCAGCCCUCGACCAAUUUCGAGGACUUCGUUACUCAGUCUCAUUCUGAAAAUAUUUCUCUCGGUAUUGUUUCGGUUUCAUUUCCGGUUAUUCUUGGUUUGGAUUGGCUUCGUCGCCAUAAUCCUGUGAUUGAUUGGACUCGCAACCGCUUGGCACUCUCAUGCUGCGGUGCGAAUCCUUCUAACCCUGUUUCUGCACUCGGAAAAGGCUUUGGUCUUGCCCGCAUUUCUCCGUUAUCUAGUUCAGUUCAGUCUUUGUCCCCGACCGUGCUCGGUUUAGGCCUUGGUCUAGACGGGCACACCCUUGUACCUUUGUACCCAGAUUCCAUUGUCCGCUCAGAUCGAGCGCAAUGUUCCACGACUGCCCGAGGCAUUUCCUAUUUGGCUACCUUGGUUACGUCGCCUCUGUCUCCUUGUCGUGGUUCUAGCAUUGGCUCUGGUCAAACUGGAACACUUUCUGCUAUCUGGAGCAAACUCUGCUCACCCGUCGCGACUCCUGACCCUCCGCAUCCCUCUUUGAAUAUCGCGUUUGUUAACGCUCGCCGUUUUCAGAAAUACGCUAGAAAUGGCGAGACGGCUGCUAUUUGGUAUCACCCUAUCCGUUCUGAAGGGUAUAAUAUUGCUGCUGCUUCUCUCAAUUCUGACCCGCCUUGUGCUUCACAGUUGGCUCCUUUUUCAGAUUCUCCUGAUGAUGACCCGCUUGGUUACGUGCCCGAAAAAUAUCGUGACUGGGCUUCGGUCUUCACCGUGAAGGAUCUCAAGGAUCUUCCCCCCCAUCGACCAUAUGAUUGUACGAUUGAUGUCGACGAGGGAAAGACUCCGCCCUUUGGUCCGCUUUAUCAUCUUUCUCAGGAAGAACGUGCCGUUUUAUUUGAUUAUAUUGAGACUAACCUCAAAAAAGGAUUUAUUCGCAGAUCCAUGUCUCCAGCCGCUGCUCCCGUUCUCUUCGUCAAGAAGAAGACAGGCGAUUUGAGACUUUGUGUCGAUUAUCGCGGUCUCAACUCGAUGACGAAAAAGAAUCGCUACCCGCUUCCCCUCAUCGACGAUCUUCUCGACCGCGUGCAGGGCUGCAAGGUGUUUUCUGUCCUCGAUCUCAAGAACGCCUUCAACCAUGUGCGAAUCAAGGCCGGCGAUGAGUGGAAGACUGCUUUUCGGACUCAUCUAGGUCUAUUUGAGUACACGGUGAUGCCCUUCGGGCUCACCAAUGCUCCGUCCACAUUUCAGGCAUUCAUCCAGGACACGCUUCGUGACCUGCUUGAUGUCGUCUGUGUGGUUUACAUUGACGAUAUUCUUAUCUUUUCUCGCACCCAGGAGGAACACGAUCGACAUGUCCAGCUUGUACUCGAACAUCUGCACAAUGCCGGCCUCUACGCAAACACGAAGAAAUGCGAGUUUGACAAGUCGGAAGUCGAAUUCCUCGGGUACCUCCUUGGUGCGGAUGGUAUCAAAAUGCACCUGCGGAAGCUCGAGACGAUCGCCGAUUGGCCUUGCCUGUGCUCUGUCAAAGACGUGCAAUCUUUCCUUGGCUUUACUAAUUUUUAUCGUCGUUUUAUUGAUGGGUAUGCGCAUAUUGUUUUACCUUUGAAUUCUCUUACUCGAGAAAACCGUCCGGAUCCUUUUAUUUUUGGUCCCGACACUAUUGCUGCUUUCGAAAAAUUGAAACGCGUAUUUACCUCUUCCCCUUUGCUUCGCCAUUUUAAUCCAGCUCUCCCUUCUACUCUGUCUACUGAUGCUUCCGAUUUUGCGAUUUCUGGUAUACUUCACCAGCCUGACCCGCAAGUUUUCUUACACCCCGUUGCAUACUACUCUCGUAAGCUGUCUUCUUCCGAAAUUAACUAUGAAAUAUAUGACAAGGAGCUCCUUGCGAUAGUGGAUUCCCUUCGCGACAUGCAGGCCUGGCUAAUCGGCACUCCUGUGCCAAUUGCGGUUGUUUCUGAUCACAAAAAUCUUGAAUAUUUUAUGACCUCGCGCAUCCUUAAUCAGCAUCAAGCGCGCUGGUCUAUGUUUCUUUCCGAAUUUAAUUUUCGUCUUGACUAUGCUCCUGGCUUGAAAAACCCUGCAGAUGCUCCCUCGAGGCAUCCUGACUACGCGCCUCGAGAGGGGGAUGACGUCCUCUGCCUGCAGCAAAAAACUCUGCUGACUCCAGUCCAUACCGAGCGACUUUUUCCAAUUUCUCAUCCAUCCACUUCGUCGUCCACCCCUCCCGGUGUUUCCCAUUCGAUCUCAGCCCUAUCGACUCUCGCCAUUAACAAUUCGGAGCUCCUGGAGCAAUUCAAAACUGUGAUCUGCGACGAUUCCGAAUGGCCAGAGGCGAUCGCUCGAGGAGACCAAGACUUUGAGCUUCAGGGCAAUCUGGUAUUCCAUAAGGCUUAUCACCCCCGUACUGAUGGACUUACCGAGCGCAUGAACCAGACACUCGAGAUGUACCUGCGCGCGUACUCCUCAUACCAGCAGGACGAUUGGGUCGACUAUCUACCGCUCGCCGAGUUUGCCUUCAACAACCACGUCAACUCCUCUACCAAUCAGACUCCGUUCUUCGCCAACCUUGCCUACCACCCGACAUUCGAGCCUCGCCUCUCUUACCAUUCCACUGUCCCUGCUGCCGCGGAUCUUGCUUCAUGCCUGGAUCGCCUUCACGACGAACUAUGUGCGGAGCUGAAGGAGUUUUCUCCCGGCCAACUCGUUUGGCUCCUCCGGUGCAACAUCAAGACGAUGCAACUGAGCGACAAGCUUGACCAUCGCAAGCUCGGUCCGUACCCUGUCAUCUCCGCCGUCACCGAUUCCGACUCCUACUUACUCAAACUCCCAUCUUAUCUUUCCCGUCUUCACCUCGUUUUUCAUGCCUCGCUUCUUGAACCUUAUUCUGACCCUUCCGAAUUCCAUCCCCAUGCCUCUCCCGAGCCCUUCAAUCUUGACGAUGCCGCCAAUGCUAUUCAAGCUGUCCUCGAUUGCCGCAAACUCGGCCAACGGUACGAGUACCUCGUACACUGGAACCAUUUGUCGCACGAUGAAGACUCGUGGAUUCCACUCUCCGACAUUCCCACCACCCAGAAUGAGCUUUUCGAGCGUUUCCAUUGCCGCCACCCACGUUGUCCUCACCCACACCGCUUUAUUAUUGAUCGCGUCAUGCCGGUUCCUUCGUUUACAGAUAUUUCUACUUCUCUACAGAAACCUUCCGUGCCCUCCUUGUCCCCAGCUGAAGAACAUGCUGAAGAACAUGCCUCCGUGCCCGCUGUCACUCCUCCCACGCCUCAUCCUGCUGAUGAACCCGCUGCCCAUGCUCCUCCCGUGCCCGUCCCCCGCGCUCCUGCCAUACCCGCUGCUGCCCCGCGACCUUCGUCGCCCCCGCCGGUGCGUCAAAAUCUGCGCCACAUCUACGAGCCGCCGUCGCAAACAACGACACACUCUGGUCGCGUUUCCCGACCCGCGCAGUGUUAUGAUCGCUGA